UUAAACAAAAUUAGAUAUAUUUACUGUAAUAAUGACUAGAUAAAGACUAAUAUUGUUAGCUAUUUUCUGCGUUUUACUUAAAAAUAUAUUUGAAUACGAAAAGUUAUGGCAUACAAAAAGAUAAUUUUAUUAUUAAGUGUAGUUUUAGUCAUCAGAUUAUCGAAAUGUGAAAGGCUUCAUGAACAAAUAUAUUCAUCGAUUGAAGGUGGCGCAGCAUGUUUCCAACGCUUAAAUGGAACUCACCAGGCUGGUUGUACAUCUCCAAUGAAUGGUGCUGUAGGAGUUGUGCAAAUGAUUAGUAACAUAUCAGAUGCAGCAUGGCUGGUAAACAAUGCAACAGCUGGGCCAUACAUGGCUGUCGUCAAUACAGCUCUGUUCCUUGAUGUUAUUGAUUUGUUUAUGUUCAUGCCCAAUAAUGUAGCUGGCAUUCUAGUCUACCAGAACGGAACAACAAGACCUAAAACAUUCAGCCAAGAAUCUACAUGUCCAAAUGAAGUGUCUUCUGAUCCUGCAAGUCAGUGCCCUUCAAGUAGUGGCAUGUCCUGGAAUACGGGGGGCACUGGACUAUUGAGAAGAAAUAUACCAUUCCCAAUAUUUUAUCUUCCUCAAACUAGAAUCGAAGAAAUUGACAAAAUUAACAAUUGUUAUCAAAGAUAUAACCUAGACAGAGCAAAUCAGAAUGGUAAACCUCUUUGCUCUAUACAGCUGAAAUCUUUUAUGUUUGCGGCUGUUAACUCUGAAGUCUGCUUACGAAGAUCAACCACAUCUGCUCUUUUAACACCCACCAAAGUUUGUGACCCCCUUGGAGAUCAAAAUGUAUAUUUUUCACUUUUCCCGAGAGGAAAGGGUGUUGAAGUAAAAAAUAAACCUAUAACUUUGGUUACUGCUAGAAUAGAUACAGCAUCUCUGUUCGAUGGCUUGGCUCCAGGAGCUGCCAGCUCUGUAGUAGGGAUGGUAACACUGCUCAUGUCUGCGGUAACAUUAACUAAAAUGAUGCCCGUCUCUGAUUCACAUUUGUAUGAUAGUAACAUAGUGUGGAAUCUAUUUAAUGGCGAAACGUUCGACUACAUCGGGUCGCAGCGCGUCGCGUACGAAAUGAAGUUCGGGUCGUGGCCAUCGUUCGCGCCCUUGGACUCCUCUGACGUUAAACUGCACAUUGAAUUGGGUCAAAUCGGUGGCUCUCUAAACCUCUACAGUGAGAACACAUCAUGGCCGCUCUACGCCUAUGCUGCUGACAGUUAUACACCGGUUACAGAAUUUCUCAAUGAAAUGCUAACGAACGCAAAACAAUUCAAUAUGACAUUAUUACCUGUGUUCACUAAAAACUUACCGCCGUCCUCUUUGCACUCGUUCCGGAGGAUAUUAAAGAACGAGACAGAAAGCGGGGAACUCCCCGAAGUGUUACUUGUCGAUUAUAAAGAUACGUUUACUAACUCAUACUACGAGUCCGUUUUUGAUGACGCAGACAACAUUGGCUUUGUGUACCGUAACAUCAGUGUAGGACCUGACGGACAAUUCGUACCAACAAGCGAUCUGUUGGCCAACGGCACAAUGCGGGAGUGGGACGUGCAGGUGAAGAUAUCGCGGCUGGCGACCGCGCUCGCGCUCACUCUGUACCAGCGCCUCGCCGGCAAACCGUACGCGGCCGACAUCGCUGCCUCCGCACAUUUGGCAGACGAAAUGCUGUACUGCUUCCUAAGAAGCCAGGCGUGCCGGCUGCUGCUGGCGGCGGACUACGCUACGAGCGCGGUGGAGGUGCCGACAGCGAGCGCGCCGCCGCUGUACGUGGGCGUGGCCGCGCUCUCCAACACGCCCGCCAUCUUCGCAGGACAUCUGCUGGUGCUGCUCGCCGGCACGCAGCUCUCCCUCAACAAGACCGCCUGCGACUCACUCGACAAGCCCGGCUUCUCGUACUACUGGCUGCGCGGCUGGAACCACACCGGCGUGUGUAUGCAGACCACAAUGAACUUCACGCAGGCCGUUAGCCCCGCAUUCUUAUUACAAGAUUACGAUAUGUCAUCUGGCAUGUACUCUACGUGGACGGAGUCAGUGUGGGCGGCGAUGUGGGCGCGCGUGUUUGUGAGUGGGGGCGGGGGUGGGGCGCGAGUGGCGGCGUGCGCCGGCGCAGCGGCCACGCUCGCAGCCGCACUGCUCACCUACUGGCUCUCCAAACAUGCAGAUGUACUGUUCAAACAACCUGCAGACUCCAUUGUCAAUGAUGCAGCUUCAGGGAUACUUCGUACUGUAAACUGUUAGAUCAUCAUUUUAGGGCUAAGUACUUUGUAUAUAAGACUUUUUUGUUUGCCUAACCUUAAGCCAUGGUGUAAUUUAUUUUCUAA